CGGCGGCGGGGGGGGGAGCCGGGAGCCAGCCGCCGGCCGCGCCGCCGCCCACGCCGCACAAGAGGAUGAAGAAGCGCAAGGAGCUGAACGCCCUCAUCGGCCUCGCCGCCGACGGCCGCAGGAAGAAGCCCGCCAAAAAGGGCUCGGGCCACCGGCUGCUGCGCACCGAGCCGCCCGCCUCCGACUCCGAGUCGAGCUCCGAGGAGGACGAGUUCGCGGCGCCCGGCGCGCGCGGCCGCUUCGCCCGGGGAGAAUAUCUACGAUGCUGCAAGUUGUGCUACCCAUUAUGUGCUUUUGUCAUUCUUGCUGCUUGUGUGGUCGCUUGUGUUGGCUUAGUUUGGAUGCAGGUAGCUCUCAAGGAAGAUCUGGAUGCAAUAAAGGAAAAGUUUCGAACUAUGGAAUCUAAUCAAAAGACAUCAUUCCAGGAAAUUCCUAAACUGAAUGAAGAUUUGCUGCAGAAGCAAAAGCAGCUAGAACAAAUUGAGACCGGAGAGCUGGGACUGAAUAAAGUUUGGAUAAAUAUUACAGAGAUCAAUAAACAGGUAUCGCUGUUGACCUCAACAGUAAAUCAUCUCAAAACCAACAUCAAGUCUGCUUCUGAUUUAAUUACUCUUCCUGUUACAGUAGAGAAACUCCAGAAGACUGUAGCAAACAUAGGUAGCACACUAACCAGUGUUUCUCAUGAUGUUGAAAAUAUGCAGACAGCAAUUGAAGAAUACAAGAAAUCCAUAGAAACACUCCAAAAUGAUGUGAAGGAAUUAAAGCAGAUGCCUUCACUUCCCUCCAUUGUUACACCAAGGACUCAAAGAAAUCAGACAGAAGAUUGCAAACAGGAAAGCCAGUCCCUGCAUGCAGCUUUGGAGGAGCUAAAUAAUACUGUAGUGAUGUACCAAAAGUUGAAUGACAUAAAGCUUCUAAAUGUGGAUUCAGCCAUUGGUAAUCUAAGCCAGAGGGUUACGCUGUUGGAAAGCUCUCUGCUUGCUGUGAAUAAGCUGGACAAACUAGAGAACUUGUCUACCAAUGUGGGGAAUGAUGCAACUACCUCUCUAAAUGUGGAAAAUGAAGAUCAACUUGAUAAUGAAACUCAUUCAGAUAAAGAACUGAAGGAAACGGGAACUAGAGAUUCUCAGGUAUCAAAACUAAAAGAGAAGCUUCAGCUGAUCAGUGCUUUCUCAAGCAAGCCAGAAAAUGACAGAUCCGUUGAGGCAUCAAAGAAUGUUGGAAGUAGUCCGAGUGCUACAGCAAAGCCCACAGACCUUUCAAGGCUGACUUCAAGGUCAGCUGAUGACAGCACAGAGAAGAACGGACAGCUGAGACAUCUGUCCUUACCAGGAAUAUCAAGCAUAGAAGAUCUUCAGAAUAUGUUUGAAAAAGCUACUAAAGAUGCUGAUGGAAAACUAUCCUAUGAAGAUCUUCAAAAGCUACUUGGUUCUACAGUCCAGGACUUGCAGAGCUUUAAGAAAUUUGAUACAGAUGGAGAUGAAAAAUACUCAUUACAAGAACUGCAAUUAGCUUUAGGUGUAUAGAGUAUAUAUUUAGAAACGUGAUAUUGAUGGAUGCUACUGUAGCUAAAGGAAACUACAGGACAAGAAAAAAUUGUCUGCACUUUCCCAGGUUUUUGGAGCUAAAUUACUGUACACAUUGCCACUCUUUCAUUUGUUUGUUAAAAAGAAAUAUACUAAUUUAAUGUAGAUAAACAUGAUAUUGGGACUGUGUUAAAAUCCAGAAAAAUCCCAAACUUACUAGAAAUAUUUGCGUAUCAUUUUUUUCAUUUCCAAAGGAGGUCUUGUUUUUAAUUUAAAAUGUGUACAUACAGAAAUAAACCCAUGGUUUUAUAUUUCACUGAAAUUUGCCUUAAAUUAGAGAGCUGCACUUUAUGUAGAGCAGAAAGAAACCUGUCUUGUAAAGAUGGGCUUUUUCUGCUUGUAAAUAUUUGAAAUAGAGUAAAUUAUGCAUAUUUAAGGAAAAGUUUGUAUCAGGCUGUCUUGGUAGUAAACAAGUUUGUUAGAGACUGAACCUAAACUGGGUCAUUGAGAGCUUCAGCCAAAAUUCUAAUUUUGACUAAGUAUAUCCAUGAAUGAGUUUGGACUCAGGCAGAGGAAGGUGGGGGUGGUAAAUUAUGCCCAUCUAUAGUAGAACUUAUUUUUAGAGGGAAAGGGUGAAAGUUCUUAUAUCAUGACUCUACAGGAGCAAUUACCUACCCAGCACUUGGGUUUUCACUUCAGCUUUUCUUUUAGCUUUGCUGUAUUGCAUUCAGAUUGCCUUUUUUUUUUUUUUUUUUGAGAUGGAGAUAUCAACUUAAAAAAAAUAAAAAAAACUACUGGAGAACUCCGACAGACGCCUAAGAGGCAAAAGUCUGCAGUGCAGCUCGCUGAAUGGCACCCAAAUAUUUCCCAUCUCUGCUGUGCAGGGGUAGGAUUGGAGGAGUGCUCUUGGUCUUGCUGACUGGUCACUGGAGAUCUUUUUAACAGGAUGCUGAUGCUGCUGGUUUCUUCCACUUGUUCUUGGUGUCACUCUGUGCCCAGAGUAAAGCUCCUUGUCAUUUUUGUGACCAGGUGGGGAAGGCCUGCAUUAGAACUUCAUGUCGUUUCCUGGGCUAAUGUGAACAUGAUUGCUUGAUACCUAAACCAGUGUGUUCAAGGAUAUAAAAGUCAGGAUAGGAGAGUGCAGUCAUGUCAGCAUUCUGUACUGAUAAAUGCUUUGUGAGUGAGGUUUCAUUAGUAUAGUUACUUUCAUGACCUGUUAACCAUAUCUGCGGAGGAGCUUGAGUGUGUUUAUACUAGUGGAUCUAAAUGCAGAGCAUGUUAUAACCCAGGGAUUCCUUCUGAAACAUAGAAAGUGACUUUUGCAGAAGAGAUUCGCUGGCAGGACAGAUCAAGGACAAAUUGGAUGACUUUGCCCACAAGUAUCACUGAUCUUAUUGUGAGUCUUUUGCAUAAUUAGUGAAUUGAAAGUGCCCACCUCACUUAAUCAUCAGUAUGUAUGUAAGUCUGUUCAUAAUUGUUGAAUUUUAUGUAACUUUGGACUGGAUGUUUAUAGUUUUAUGAAUAAUUGUAUACUGGAAAUAUAAUCAGUGAAAGAUUUUGCAAAAUGAAACUUUUAUCCAUUGCCUAGGCUUCUUUCACUGUUGCUCUUCUAUCCUAUUUGGGUAAUGCAGACAUGACCUAGUAAGGAGAUGCUUUUGUUGCUGUGACAUUUUAAAACACAGUAUUUAAAACAAAAAAAUGAAAAAAACAAGCAACCUUGGCUUUAAAAGGGCAAGAAGCCAACAUGUGCUUCUUGCCACUUUCCACACACUUUUAUACACUUCUGUAUGAUUCUUUAACCAAAUAAUAAAACUAGCAAUAAAAUGUAACCAUUAUAUUAUUUGUACAUACUGUAUCAUAGCCAUAUUCCAGAGUUUGCAAAGUAUUUUUGAAAGUUUGAUUUGUAUGAAAUUUAACAUAUCUUAAAAUUUAAAGAAUUUGUGUAUUGCCAUGUAAAUCUACUAGUGUGUUUUGUUUUGUUGCAGUCUGCUUUACUUUGACAAGGCUCUUUAAUGGCAAUAGUGAAAUUGUCAGCUGAGCUCCUGAGACUAGUGUGCUGUUCCCAACUCUGGUGUUCUCUGUAUGUGGCCAAGGAACUGAGCUGGUUUGUAAUUGGGCACUAGGACACAACUGUCCAGUACUGCUUAAUUUGCAUGGCAAGUGUGUAGUGGUGUUUCAAUUCAACUGCUAAUUGCCCUAGUCACUGCAAAUGUAGGAUGGACUUGUGCUACGAAUUUAACAAAAUCAGAUCAUCUAAGAGUACAGCAGUAGCUUUUGUUUGACCUAGACCAGCCGGUAGCACUUUGCUGCAACCUUGAAGUGUUGCUCCCCAACCAGCUCCUUUGAUUUGUACAAGUUCUGCCAUGUCUCUGGCUGCCAUCUCCCGUGCUUUCCAAAGUCUUGGCACUGGGUGUUAGGCUUCUGCCACUUCUCUUAUCCAGUGCUGCAGAGGUGUAAAAGUUGCAGGCAUAGAAAACAGGCCUGUCUGGAUCUGCUGUCUGUGGCUGUGAGGUGCUGGCGCUCACCCUUGGAGCUCUGAGCUGGGUGCCGAGGCGGUGGGAGCCCAAGGGCUGUCUCAUGGGAGGUGCAGCAGGAGGAGGUCUCCUGCUUUCCUCUCUGCUUCCCCCACCUGCAGACUGGUUCUUGAGUCCCAAACUGGCUGGGCCCCAAGGGUUUCUGAGCCCCACUUAAUCACCCUUGGCCCCUCUGCUGUGGGAGGGCAAGCUGUGAGCUCACCUGUCCUCUCCUGCGGGUGGAAGUGUGGGAAAAGCUGGGAAGUCUGAAAGGGGAGAAAGUGGGGGUGGUGAAAGGAACAGUGGGGGAUGACAGCAGCAAACACUGAAAAAGGACAAGUUGUGACUUUGGGAGGGGAAAGGGAAAUGUGGCACCCUAUCAGAUGGUCUUAGAGGCUUGCAGCUUUCCCAUGAAUGCUGUGUCUGUCCCUGGGCCACUUCUCUUCCCCUGUCCCGUUCAUACACUGGAGAAAUUUUUGGACUAGUGGGGUGGCAGUGAGGGGUGACCUCUGAAAGCCGUGUUGUAAUGGGAAUAGGAAAUGGCACGCUGAGACAUGCUGUUAUGCUGUGAUUCUUGGCUUCGUUUUUCAUCUUAUACUCUUGCUCCUUUCUUUUGAAAUGUUGAUUUAUCAAUCUGGGAUCUUUUUUUCAGUGACUCCUGUAUAUGGACCAUUUUGUAUGUUUAGUUUAUACCUUCCUGUACAAUGAAACACCUUCUUUAACUGAAGCUGUACCUAUUUUGGAAACGCAUAGCGGCUUCAUUGAUCGAUAUGAGCAUAACAAAAGCUGGCUUUUUUUAAGCUACUGAACUCCACAUGUUUUAUCAUGUAAUGCGACUUUAAUUUAUCUAAAUAAAAUUUCAUUUUUAGUG